CUCCAGCUGUGAAUUCUUUCUUAGUCCCUUUGCUCCAUCAUAAAUUGAGGAACCCGAUAGAACUUCCGUUUGACCACGACAAACAAGACAACAAGUCAUAAAUUACUCGCAAGAGAGCUAGAUGCAUAGCGUCGAAGCAUAACACUGCAAUUGGCAGCAGCUACUAACACAGGACCUCAUUCAUUUGUACUUGACUUUAAACAAUAAUUUCGUCGCCAUGGCUCGCGAAAGUGACGCUCCACUCGAUCCCAUGACCCCUCGUCGGCCGACAAACGACGCACAGCAGCAGCACCAGCAACAGCCUCGUCGUGUCCAUCCAGAGUUUGGGAAAGCAACUCCUCUUCGCCCAGUGCAUCAUCAGAGCCACGCUCACCAUAACCCAAAACCUCACAACACGAACGCCCCAAUCACAAAUAACAACAACAGCAGCAACAGAGGCAACCCUUUCAACAUCCCCAAGCCCAACCAAGCUCGUCCUGAGCAUCACAGACCCCAGCAGCAGUCACGACCUCAGCAGCAGCCCUUACCGCAUCAGCGAGGACCGAAGACCCCCGGCCCUGCUGGAGCAUUCGCUACUCCUCAUCGGGCGGAGACUUACGAUCCUUUCCAGCCUGUUCGUCCAUCGGCCUACAAUAACAACCGUUUCUCUCGUCCCGUCAGCAAUGAUGUCGUCGAAAUUCGCCGUCCGGAGAAUUUCACAUUCAACACGCCCCGCGCGCCGAAGACGUUCUUCGCCUCCAAGCCCUCGGCCAUCAAGAUGGCGAAUGGCUCACGGAAUCUGCAGAAUUUUAUCGACUUGACCGGGGAGGGUGGAUUUACUCCAAGUGCGCGGGGGAGGAAUAACGGAUUCGGGUCUAUGGAUGUGAACGGAUUCGUUGACACGGCGAAAGCGAAUGAGAAUAUCAAGGCGCUGCUUGAGGGGGCGUUUGAAGACGACGACGAUGAGAAGCAGAAGGACAAGUUGAAGAAAAAGAAGAAGGAUAAGAAGAAGGAUAGAAAAAAAGACAAGAAGGAAGCGAAGAAGGAAGACAAGAAGCAAGAUCUGAAGAAGAUGGAGGAAAAGGCCAAGGACAAGAAGCAAGACAUCGCCGACAUAGAUGAUCUUGCUGCGCAGCUGGAAAGUGUGACUGUGAAGGAGACGAGAGUUUCGGAUGAUAGUGAGGAUGAGGGUGAGACAUCUUCGAAUUCACCCAAGGCCACUACCAAGCAUUUGGCGGAGGAGAAAGAGGAUGAAAGUGACAGUGAAGCUGAAGCUGAGUCGGAAGACGAGGAAGAGGAUGAAGAGGAGGAGGAUGAAGAUGAUGGUACCGUGGAAGGCUUGAAGGUCAAACUACUUCCUCACCAGCGUGAAGGUGUCAACUGGAUGUGCGACAAAGAAACUGGCCGCAACAAGACGAAGGGUGUCCUCCCCAAGGGCGGCAUCUUGGCCGACGAUAUGGGUCUUGGAAAGACCGUUCAAACGAUCGCCCUGAUCCUUUCUAACCGGAAACCUACAAGUGGACUUCGACGUUCCAAGUCCCAGGAUGAUGAAGAGGACAGCGACGAGGACGAAGAGGAAGAUACCCGGAAACUCCCUCCCGGCCUUAGCAAAACCACCCUGGUCGUUGCGCCCCUAGCACUUAUCAAGCAAUGGGAAGCCGAAAUCCUGGACAAAGUCGAACCAUCACACCGACUCCGCGUGCUCGUAUACCACGGCAAUGCACGCGCGAAGGCGACCGACAACCUGGAGAAUUACGAUGUCGUGAUCACCACUUAUGGAACCCUAACCUCUGAGCAUGGUGCACUCGACAAAAACAAGAAGAAAACAGGUAUCUUUUCUGUAUACUGGUAUCGAAUUGUUUUGGACGAAGCGCACACGAUCAAGAAUCGAAAUGCCAAGGCAACCCAGUCCGCCUGUGCUCUCGACGCGGAAUAUCGGUGGUGCCUGUCAGGAACGCCCUUGCAGAAUAAUCUUGAUGAGCUUCAAAGUCUGAUCAAGUUCCUUCGGAUCAAACCCUUCAACGAUCUGGCCAAUUGGAGAGAACAAAUCACCAAACCCAUAUCCAACGGUCGCGGCGGCCUUGCCAUUGAGCGUUUGCAGGUUUAUCUCAAGAUCUUCAUGAAGAGACGUACUAAGGAUGUCCUGAAGCAGAACGCCAACCUUCAACCGGGUGAAGAGGGCAAGGGAGGUGAGAAGAAGAAGAAGUCCAACGGCUUCCAGAUUGUCAAGCGAGAGGUCGUCAAGGUAGAAGCAGAAUUUAUGUCCGGUGAGCUGGAUUUUUAUAAACGCCUGGAACAGCGCACGGACGACAGUCUCGAGAAAAUGAUGGGCGGCGAGAAAGUUGACUAUGCCGGCGCGUUGGUCCUGCUGUUGCGUCUUCGACAGUCAUGCAAUCACCCCGAUCUUGUCAAGAGUGACCUUGCUAAGGAUAAGGACGUUCUUCUGCAAACUGGGGCUACUGGGAGUCAGCAAUCGUCCGGCAGGCAAGAUGAUCUGGACAGUAUGGCAGAUCUGUUUGGUGCACUGAGUGUGGUGUCCAGGAAGUGUGAUAUCUGCCAGAUGGAUCUCAGCCCGGAUGAGGCGUCUGGUGGUAGAAGCAGGUGCAAGGAGUGCCAAACUACGCUUGACACGAACAUCAUGACGACCGACAAGAAGAGGCGGAGUGGACCCAAUGCGGUCAUUGAUCUGACGCAGUCGCCUUCGGAGCGUCGCUCUGAGGCGCAAGCAGCUCGUUUCCGCAGAAACAGAAGGGUGGUAGUCGACAGCGAUGAUGAAGAUGAAGAGGAUGGCGAGUGGAUUGUCCCAGAGCAUCAGCGAAAGCAAUCCAAUCUGGGGAAGGCUGGGGGCACUGACGACGAGGACGCUGAGGGGGGGGGCGAAUGGCUCCACUCAGAUGAUUCUGACGAUUCAGCUGAUUCUGACUCUGAUCAGGAUGGACCCGAAUCUCCGAGUCGAAAGCCUACAAGUAUACGGAAGGAGACCCAUGGCCUUGUUACUGUCGACAGUGAGGAUGAUGAAGACAUCUACCUGAAUACUGGGGAUGACUCCAAUGCCGUUCUCCCGUCUACCAAGGUCCGCCAUCUGAUGAAGAUUCUCCGACGCGAGUCCGCGGACCACAAGUUUAUCGUCUUCUCUGUGUUCACCUCUAUGUUGGACAAGAUUGAGCCAUUCCUAAAACGCGCGGGAAUCGGAUUCGCCCGGUAUGAUGGCGGCAUGCGUAAUGAUCAUCGUGAAGCGAGCCUCAACAAGCUCCGGAACAACAGUGGCACGAGGGUUCUUCUGUGCAGUCUGCGAGCCGGUGCAUUGGGGCUGAACCUGACCGCUGCGAGCCGAGUGGUUAUCCUGGAGCCAUUCUGGAAUCCUUUUGUCGAAGAGCAGGCGAUUGACCGCGUCCACCGCCUGAACCAGACCCGGGACGUUAAGAUCUACAAGAUGAUCAUCAAGGGCACUGUGGAAGAACGUAUUCUUGACCUCCAAGAACGCAAGCGGGAGCUCGCCAACGUGACCAUUGAGGGCAAGACUGCGGCCGCCAAGCUCACGAUGAAGGAUAUGAUGGCGCUGUUCGGCAAGGACGCCGAAGCUCGAUAUAACGGAGACAGCAAUAUCGACCUGACGCAGACCACCAAGUUGUUGGCGUCGGGAGCUGAGGCUGGUUCGCCGUACGUGAGCAAGAGCAGCGGCAGCCGUGUCAGCGAGUCGCAGUCGCAGUCGCGCGAGCGCGAGCGCAACCGUCCACAGGGCCAGCGCGCCCCUCGGACAGAGGAUUCGGUAUAUGGCAGACGGUGGUAGAUGCGAUCAGAUGAUCUGAAACGCAUGUGGUGCGACACGGACACGGGGUUCCUCGAACGGAAGACGGAAGCCAAUGCAUUGCAGGAGUUGGGAUUCGGGUUAGGACGGACACGGUACAGGACAUGUUAGUGCUACAUGUGUAGAUAUAGACACGGGUCUGAUGAUUUAGAAAUGCGUUUACGAACUUCAACUGGGCAUCGUGAUCUCGGUGGAGCGAAUUAAU